UCUUCCUAAUUCCAAAUUAGGGUUUUUUUUUCAAAACUUCCAAAUCCAAACAAAAUUCAAAUACAAAAUUCACAAAAUCAAAUGAAAAACUUAGAUCUAUUUGAUCCACAAACGGCGGUCAUGGAAUCCGAUCUCUCACCGGAAAACACCCACGGUCACGGCGACUUCGGUUUCGCAUUCAACGACAGCAAUUUCUCCGAUCGUGUUCUUCGUAUAGAGAUAGUUUCCGAACCUGAUAUUUCUAAUACUGAUUGUUGUACUAGCUUAGCUGAUUGGGCCCGCAACCGUAAACGCCGCCGUGAAGAUUUCAAAAAAGAAACGGCUGUAUAUGUUGGUGAUGGGUAUCCAGAGGAACAAGUUAUUGAUCAGACUGAUCAUCUUCCUGAUAAUGGUGUGAACACUGAAAAUCACGAUGAAGAACCGGCAGCAAUGAUUGAAGAGUCACCAUUAGAUGAAGGUGCAAAUGACACUGAUGUAAAGUGGAACAUGGAGUGUUCAACAGUUGUAAGAGUGAAAACAAUACAUAUUAGCUCUCCAAUAUUAGCCGCAAGAAGUCCAUUUUUCUACAAGCUUUUUUCAAACGGAAUGAAAGAAUCGGAACAACGCCAUGUAAACUUGCGAAUCAAUGCUUCAGAGGAAGCUGCCCUGAUGGAACUCUUAAACUUCAUAUACAGCAAUAAGUUGACAGUGACCACUGCUCCCGCCCUGCUUGAUGUGCUGAUGGCUGCUGACAAAUAUGAGGUUGCUUCAUGCAUGAGAUAUUGCAGUCGUUUGCUGAGAAAUUUGCCUAUGACGCCCGAAUCUGCACUACUUUAUCUGGAUCUUCCUUCCGGCGUUCUAAUGGCUGAAGCAGUCCAGCCAUUGACUGAUGCUGCAAAGCAGUUCUUGGUUGUGCGCUACAAAGACAUUAACAAGUUUCCAGAUGAGGUUCUUAACUUGCCUCUUGCUGGUGUGGAAGCAAUUUUGGCUAGUGAUGAUCUUCAGGUGGCAUCUGAAGAUGCAGUUUAUGACUUUGUUCUCAAAUGGGCACGCAUACAGUACCCUAAAGUAGAGGAUCGCCGUGAAAUUCUGGUGACCCGCCUUGCACAAUUUAUCCGCUUCCCUUACAUGACAUGCAGAAAGCUCAGGAAGGUUAUGACAUGCAACGAUUUUGAUCCUGAAUAUGCCCAAAGAGCCGUGGUUGAGGCACUAUUUUUCAAAGCUGAGGUCCCUCACAAGCAACGGACAUAUAUCAACGAUGGGAACUCUGAUGUUAAUCAUCGGUUUUUGGAAAGGGCUUACAAGUAUCGGCCUGUUAAGGUGGUUGAAUUUGAACACCCACGUCCACAAUGUGUGGUGUACUUGGAUCUAAAACGUGAUGAGUGUGCAAGUUUGUUUCCAACUGGACGUGUUUAUUCUCAAGCAUUCCAUUUGGGUGGACAAGGGUUUUUCUUGUCAGCCCAUUGUAACAUGGACCAACAAAACAAUUUUCAUUGCUUUGGGCUUUUCUUGGGUAUGCAGGAAAAGGGUUUGGUUUCUUUUGCGGUUGAUUACGAAUUUGCAGCAAGGUCAAAGCCCAAUGAAGAGUAUGUUAGCAAGUAUAAAGGGAAUUAUACUUUUACAGGCGGAAAGGCUGUUGGUUACCGCAACUUGUUUGCAAUUCCUUGGACAUCAUUUAUAGGGGAGGACAGUGUUUACUUCAUUGAUGGCAUUUUGCAUCUUAGGGCCGAGCUUACAAUCAAGCACUGAAACUAACAACCAACAAGAUUAUGCUGCUAGAAGGUACAAAUGUUUUUAACUGAAAUGCUGAUUUGAAAACUGAAUUGAGGAUUCAACUUUCCAUUAUGAGAGUUGGGAAACACUGUUCCCAAUAACUCCCCCCCCCCCAAAAAAAAAAAAAAAAAAAAAAGCCGGAACGAGGAAAAUGUAAAUCGGAAAUGUGGAAUUAGAAGACAUGUUGUUGCUUAUCUGGUAAUGUCAGUUAGAGGUUAUGAUGUAUGAAACUGUGACUUGUUGGAUGCCCUUUUUUGGUGUAAAUGAAAUUGAGCUGGCUAUAUUUCCAGAUUUAAA